AAAAGUUAAAACAAUUACAUUUUUAUAAAAUAAAACAAAAUAAGACAAGGCCUCUCUAUCUGUUCUGUUCUUCUCUCUCGUACAGAGGGAGAAAGGCGACUCUGUGUUGUGUUGUGUUGUGUUGCGUGAGAGAGGAAGAACCUUCUGCGUAACUUUCCAUUAAUAACAUAUUGAAAACAAACAAAAGAGAAGAAGAAGAUGAAGCCUUCGGAGGUUUCUUGAGGAUAUUAAAAUUGUUUAAUUUUUUGAUCCUUUUGAUCUCUAUCGAGUUUGACACUCGUCUCUUCACGCAAUCGCGUUCGUUUCUUCGCAUCGCGUCUGCUUUUUGCGUCUAGGGUUUGCUUAAAGUUCGUUCCUUUUGAUAAAAAAAUGUUCGUUCUGGGUACUUUGGAAAGUAUAUAUUAGUACUAGAUUUGGCUUAAAGUUGGAGACUUUGAGGAUAUUUCGUGGUGGGUUUCUUGGAAAGUACAGUCGUUUGUGUUCUUUGAUGAAUCUGUGUUUUGGUCAAGGGUCGAAGAUAUAGAAAGCCUUAGUCUUUAAUUUGAAUUGGUUUGGCUCCCAUCUUCUGUUCUUCCUUAAUUUGGUGGCUACGAUGAGCGGAAGCUUCACUGAUGAAGGCAGGCUUAUCCUCUGCGUGGCUGAGAACGGCCACUCAUUUGCAUUUGAAUGCAACGAGACAACUUCAGUUGAAUCCGUGAUGCGUUUCGUUGAGUCUGUCUCCUGUAUUAGCCUCUCCGACCAGCUUCUCCUCUCGCUGGACAUGAAGCUUGAGCCACAGAAGCUGCUUUCAUCCUUCGGGCUUCCGGCAAGUGAUAGAGAAGUCUUUGUUUUCAACAAAGCUAUGCUGCAAAGCAACUCUCAUCCGCCAUCACCGGAAGAUGUGGAUUUACAGGAGAUAGUUGAUGAUGCUUUACCACCUGCGGCUUCAUUGCACGAGCAUCACCCCUUGGAUGAUGCGUCAGAUCCAGCUUUAAAGGCCUUACCUUCGUACGAGAGGCAGUUCAGAUACCAUUUCCUUAGAGGCCGCGCCAUCUACGAUUGCACGGUCCUGAAGCAUGAGAACUGCGAGAGGUUUGCUAGAGAGCAGAAGGUGCAGCAGCGCGCGGUUGAAGUUGCUACGAGGAACUUGGAGCAGUACUACAGGGUGAUAUACCAGAACUUUCUCGAGUUCAUGAAGCUUUACAAGCAUCAGCACCGUCUCCAUUCCGAUCUGCUGAUGAAUUUCGGAAGGGAUGUUGAGAAGCUGAGGUCGGUUAAGGUUCACCCUUACCUUCAAACUGAUUCGAGGAAAUGCUUGCUGGACUUUGUCAAGGAAAAUAAGUUAUCACUGGCUGCGGAGAGUUGUGGGAGCUCUCACAGGCAGUUUGAGAAUAAGAUUGCGCAGUUCCAGCAGAUGUUUGUGGAGGUCAAGCGCAAGGUGGAGGAGUUGUUUGCUUGCAGGGCUUCCUUGUCGAUGGAGGAGAACUUGGAAGUGAUUGUUAAGGAGCAUGAACACUUCAUUAAUGAGCAAAAUAGCAUAAUGCAAUCUCUCAGCAAAGAUGUCAAUACGGUUAAGAAGCUUGUGGAUGAUUGCAUGUCAAGCCAAUUUUCCUCAUCUCUCCGACCUCAUGAUGCCGUUUCAGCCCUGGGACCUAUGUACGAAGUGCACGACAGGAAUCACCUUCCCCAGAUGCAGGCUUGCUAUGACUCCAUCUCAGAACUCCUAGAAUUUUGCAAAAACAAGAAGAAUGAGAUGAACAGCUUCGUACACAGUUACAUGCAAAAGAUAACAUUCGUCACAUACAUCAUCAAAGACGCUAAGUUACAGUUUCCCGUUUUUAGAGAGGCGAUGGUGCGUCAAGACGACUUAUUCGCAGACCUGAAGUUAGUCCGCGGUGUUGGCCCCGCUUACAGGGCCUGCCUCGCGGAGGCUGUGAGGAGAAAAGCCUCUAUGAAGCUUUACAUGGGCAUGGCUGGGCAGUUGGCGGAGAAGCUUGCUAUGAAGAGGGAGGCAGAGGUCAGGAGACGUGAGGAGUUUCUUAAGACGCAUGGUCACUUUGUACCUCGUGAUGUGUUGGCUUCUAUGGGUUUAUAUGAUACUCCCACUCAGUGUGAUGUCAAUGUCUCUCCUUAUGAUACUAGUUUGAUCAAUAUUGAAAUGGCAGAUGUUGAUAGAUAUGCUCCUGCGUAUCUAGUUGGGUUACAGCCAAAGAUUGCAUCCUCAAGUAGUUCUGCUGAGGCUGAGGAGAUAGGUGUAGACACUAACAAAGAUAGUUUUGAUGAUAUCCUAGAGGUCUCAGAGUUAGUGGAGAUAGCUGGAACAAGCAAGAUGGAAGUUGAGAACGCGAAACUAAAAGCUGAGCUUGCUUCUGCCAUCUCUCGGAUUUGUUCAUUAGGUCCCCAAGUUGAAUACGAGGAGAUAGAUGAAAGUAACGUUGAAACUUUGUUGAAAAACGCAGCACAGAAAACAGAAGAGGCGCUGCAGGCCAAAGAUGAGUAUGUGAAACAUCUCCUAUCUAUGCUGAAGGAGAAACAAAGGCAUUAUGAUUCAUAUGAGAAGCGCAUACGUGAACUGGAACAACGUCUCAACGAUGAGUAUUCACAGGGACAGAGAGGUGUUAAUAAGAAGGAUGUCUCUGGUGGCUUAAACCCUAUGGAUGAGGUCUCAUGUGUUUCAAACCAUUCUAGCAAGCAGCCAUGUAAAGGCCGGGAAGGUAUGGAUGAGGAUAUGGUGGAUUCCUCCUCUCUGGUGCUAAGCCAUCCUCUUGAUUCAUCGAUGCUGGAAAGCCAGCAAAACAAUGAGCAAGGUGGGAAGGAUAAUGUGGUGGGAGGGAUGGGUGUGUUUCUAAGUAACAGUUCAACAGCCGAGAGCCCAACUAAAUCUUUAGAUACCAAACACAGUGAUGAUAUUAUUUUGGAGCUUAGAAAUGAGCUGAUGGAGAAGUCCAGUAAACUGAAUGAGACUGAGUCCAAGCUAAAUGGUGCUAUGGAAGAGGUAGCGAGUCUGAGCAGAGAGUUGGAAAUGAAUCAGAAGCUUCUCGAAGAAUCCCAGAUGAACUGUGCGCAUUUGGAGAACUGCUUGCAUGAAGCAAGAGAAGAGGCUCAGACACAUCUUUGUGCUGCUGAUCGUAGAGCGUCUGAGUAUAAUGCACUCCGUGUCUCAUCUGUGAAGAUACGAGGUCUCUUUGAAAGAUUCCGGAGCUCUGUCUGUACUGGGGGUGGGGUUGCUGGUUUUGCCGAGUCUUUGCGUAAUUUGGCUCAAGCUUUAGACAACUCCAUUAAUGACGGUGAAGAUGAUGGUACUGUUGAGUUCCGGAAAUGCAUCCGAGUCCUCGCAGACAAAGUUAGCUUCAUCUCUAAACACCGGGAGGAGUUACUUGAAAAGUGCCGGAAUCUUGAUGCUACAAUUGAACAGACAAGAAAGGAGUUGGUGGAGAAGAAAGAGCUGGUGAAGACAUUGUACACUAAGCACCAACUUGGCAAGCAGGCAAAUAAAGAAAAGAUAUCAUUCGGUCGUCUUGAAGUCCACGAGAUAGCAGCAUUUGUGCUAAAUCAAGCAGGACAUUACGAGGCGAUCAACAGGAACUGCCCAAACUACUACUUAUCCAGUGAAUCCGAGGCAUUGUUCACAGAUCACCUCCCAAACCGGCCUACAUACAUUGUUGGACAGAUUGUCCACAUCGAGCGUCAAGCAGUGAAGCAGCCAAAUUUGGCAUCAAGUUCAAUGUCAACAUCAUCUUCAGGAACAACAACAAACCCUUAUGGUCUUUCUUCAGGAUGUGAAUACUUCAUAGUGACAAUAGCAAUGCUGCCUGACACCUCUAUUCAUCAACAAGCUUCCUGAUCCUUUUGCUUGUUCGAAAGGCAGAUAGAUGUGAUGGAAGAAACCCCCUCUCCCUCCCAUAAAAGAUAGAAAGAAAUGUAAAUAGUUCUUAUUCAAAUGACAAUCAAUAACCGGACAGCCCUUGUUUGAUUUGUGGGUGUUGGGUUUCAUUUCUCCCUUUUUAACUAUUUUAUUUCAUCUCUC